AUUUCACAAAAAUGCCACGCCACAAGAAGAGGAAGAAGUCCAACCAGGAAGAAGAUAAAGAUGGUGAGUGGAUAGUAACAGAGGCUGCAGGUGGAGGUUCUCCAAAAAAGAAGAAACAGGUAAGGAACUCUUUAAAGAAGGACCUCAUAAAUCAGAAAGAAAAAGACCGAAAUAAAUAACUCCAGAACCGACAAUACAAGGGCAGAGAGUCGGCCGAAGGAACCAGAAGAAGAACCUACGAAAUCAAAGAGGAAGAGAAGAAGGCGCAGGCGUAAAAAGAAAAAUGACCUCAACGAUGGCAGUGAUGGAAGUUGCGAUGAACAUGAAGGAUCCUUUGAAAUACGCAGAGAUGAACUCGAGGCAAUUCAGGGCAUUUACCCAGACGGUGUCAUCAUUUAUGAACCUGUACUUGAAAAGAGCUUAGGAGAGUUUAGCGUCGUAGUCAAGCCUUCAGUCGAAGAGGGGCAAAAGAUCCUCUGCAGUCUUGAACUUAAGGUAAAAUAUAGAGCAAGAUAUCCAACAAGGUCGCCAAUUUUUAAACUAUCAGAACUUCAUGGUCUCAGUCCUAAAGAGGUAGCAAAAGUGAAGGAGAUUAUUAAGAUGAUUAAAACCAAAAACCAGGAGGACGCACAUGGAUGGGUCUACCUUGUAUGUCUCGAGCUAAGUUCUUUUCUCAGUGAUCUCAAUAAGAUAAAAGGUGACAAGCGAAGAAAGUAUGAACUAGACAAACUAAACGGUGUCAACUCUAACGACAGUGAUCUUGAAGGGGAGGAAAGUGAAGAGGACGAAGAAAUGAAGGUCGGCAAAAACAUUGUAGCUGAAAUCAACCGGGCUAAAGCCAAAGAAAACAGACUCCAGCUUAUGAAAAUGAAUAAGUCAGAGAGCCAGUCUGGGAUAAACCAGCCAAUAGGAUUAAAGUCAUCCAUUCCAAAUCUGAAUUUUGACUUUAAGACAAAAUACCCGAAUAGUAGAUAUUUAUCAGAUUUCGAAGAGAUUUCCAAAAUUGGUCGAGGUGGGGGAGGUCAAGUCUACAUGGCCAAGAAUCGGUUGGAUAACCUCAUAUAUGCAGUAAAGAAGGUCAAGCUCGAUAAUACAGUGCAAGCUCAGAAAGAAAAUGACAGAUUGCUCAGAGAAGUAGCUGUCUUAAGUCAGCUCCACAACCAAUAUAUCGUCAGGUACUAUCAAGCAUGGAUCGAAGAAAUUGAAGAUGAGGAAGAAAGCGACGGAGAAGGAGACUCCAUCACCGAAGAAGAGUCCUCUGAAGAAGAGGAGAGCGAGGACAAAGCCUCAAGGUUAAAGAGACGUCAUAGUGCUUCAAGUUAUGACUUUACAAUCUCUAAAAGGAUACCUUCAGGUCAGCCAAAAUAUUUCGACAAGGACUACAUUGAUGAUGAUUCUGAUUCCAGUGGGGAUUUAAUCUUUGAGGAAAAUAAUGAUGAUUCCAAUAGUAGUGAUAUCUUUGAGGAUCCAGACUCAAUAUCUGAAAAAUCUGCUACGAUCCAAAACCCAAAGAAGCUACUUGAAGAAGUAAAGGAGGAGAAGUCAGAGAAGAAAGAAGAGAAAAUUAAAGACCAGAAGAGAAGAAGAUUAUACAUACAGAUGGAAUAUUGUGAAAAAGACACCCUCAGAACAUGGAUAGAGAGUGGAGUUAAGGAUGAAAAUGAGAUCUGGAAAUAUACAGAACAAAUCCUCAAAGCACUUAAUUAUAUCCAUAGUAUGGGACUUCUUCACAGGGAUCUCAAGCCUGCAAAUAUUUUCCUUGACAAAGAACUUAAUAUCAAACUUGGAGAUUUUGGGUUAGCUCAAGAAUUACAGUCUAAUCAACAAGAUCAGUACUCAAAGACUGGGGAUCUUUCAUUCUCACGUAAAUCUUCCAAGAUGGAUCCGAAAGAGCGUCUGAAACAACUACGAAAAUCGAUGAAUCCAAACGCAUCAAAGCUAAACGAGAAUAAGUUCUCUGAUCCAAUGAUGUCAAUGGGUAUUGGGACAUACUACUAUAUGUCUCCUGAACAAGAGACUAAGAGGAACUACGACCAGAAAACAGAUAUGUUCUCUUUAGGCAUCAUUCUCUUUGAAAUGUGAGCUGAUCUGCGCUCCUUAAUGGAGAAAGACAGGGCAUUGAAAUACCUAAGAAAUGAGUUCAAGGUCCCACCAGAGUAUUUACCCAAGAUCCCAAAGAACUAUGUUGAGAUGAUAGAGAAGUUAAUCAGUGAAAAUCCUGAAGACCGACCUAAUGCAGAGGUACUUCUCAAGGAGGAGUUCUUAGACCCUGAGAAUAAUGCUAAUAACCUAUCCUUGGCGCAGUACACAUAUUUCUUAGACUAUCCGGACUUCAAAUUUUCCUUUGACAACUACAGCAAGGAGAAUGACAUCCUCAAUAAAGUUAUGAAGGGAUGAAAGAAGGUAUUCGAAAGACAUGGGGCUAAGUUCAUGGAAUCCUCCACCUUCAAGCCCAUGACCAAUACCUUCACAAUUUUUAUGGAAAAGUUCGAUACAAAUCUGGAUGACAUCCCUCGAGUGUUAAAGAAGAAGAGUAAGAAUCUAAAAUCUUCAAAGAAAAAGGACUCUAAUCUUAACUCAGAUUACAUAAAGAUUGACUAUAACCACUGAGAGAUUGUAGAAAAAGGGAAGGAACAGUUCAGUUUUGAGAAACAAUGAUUGCUGAAAGAGAAGAGAAGGAUAGAGUUUAUCAAUGCUGACCAAGUCUUUAGCCGUUCAGCCAAGUACCUAUCCACAAAUCUAGUCGAGAACUGGGCUCGAUACCUGAAUAUUAAAAACCCAGGCUUCAUUAAGAGAUACUGCGUGGAUAAGGUCUUUGAGACACAUGAAAAUAAGUCAUUCACUUCCAGUCAUCCGUUAAAGAACUGGGAAGCUAAUUUUGAUAUCUGUAUGAGCAGAGAUAAAGGAUACCUUUACAACGAAGACGAGGACGAAGGAAUCAAUGAAGAUGAAGAAAUAAUGCAUGAGGUCGAAGUCCUCAGCACUAAUUACGAGAUCCUUUCCAAAUACACUAAGGUUCUUGGAAAUCCAAAAAUUAUCAUCAACUCCUCUCUAAUUUUGGACAUCAUCAUGGAGGAAUGCAACAUUGAUAUAAAAGUUAGACACAAGGUUCUCUCUGUGCUAUCAGUCUGCGAUAAAAGAACCUGGAACGAAAUCAAAAAGAAGCUCAACGAGACAUACUCAAUUCCUAGAAAGAAUGUAGAUAAAUUGGGAAGACUCAUCAAAAUCGAAGGAACUCUUGAGCAAGUUCAGAAAGAAAUUGAAGCUAUUAAGGGGAUAAUCAUGCGAAAAGAACUUUUGGAUGUCAUCAAUGACUUCUUCAGCUUCCAGUCAUACUGCGGAUGGGUUGGAAUCAACAAAAACUUUCUCUACUUCGACCUGGGCUUUGUAAUAAGCCAAUUCCACAUCUUCUACUGUGGAUUCUUUUACAAAAUAAUCUGUACAGGGAACAAUGAAGAAAUCAGCUUAUUCAAUGAGAAUGAGGUAGCUUAUGGAGGGAGAUACGACAACCAAGUUUCCCACUUUGAUGUACCGACUAGAACCUCAAACAUGUUCGCAGUGGGCUCAUGUCUCAAUAUCCAGAGGAUCGCCUUCCACAUUGUCAAAAGAGAACAGAGUGACAAAGAGGAGAUGAAAGCUCCCAGUAAAUACAAAAAUAAGAUAGAUGUCUGUAUUUUUACAAACGAGAAGAACAAAGAGCAGGGUAUUAGACUUCUUUCUGAAUUCUGGAAUCAGGGUAUCAAAGCUUUGGCUGAUUUCAGGAACAAGAAAUUAAGAGACAUCUUCGACUUCUGUACUAUUCAUACAAUCAGGUUCUUGAUCAUCCUCAAGGAUGAUAAAGAAGGAAAUAAUGAUUCAGAGUCAUCUCAAGAUUUUGAGCGGAAGGUAGUAAAGAUCAAAGAUUUCAAAACAAAGACUGAGGACGAGAUUGAUAUCAACACGGUGGCAGAUUAUUUAUACAAAAGAGUUUUCGGAAGGAAGCACGAUAAAUAA